GUGCUAUGCUUGAUUUCCAGUCAAGUCCGAUAUAAAAUGCUGGUGUAUUGGGGUGUGAAUAUAAGAGAGUUGCACAUUAACUUAUGGAGACCGUGGACCACAUUAAGAGAGGAACUCUCCAAAAACGUUUUUUUAAACGGACAUUAUCAACAAGUGGGCUUUUCUUCCACAAGAGACCCACAUGCGGAUGAGGUACUUACUUUAAGCCUACCAGAUACACAAUUAGACCUAGGUACACCGCCGCGUCUUUGCUAUCCCCUGGUAAUCUUUUUAAUUAGAGUUGAAGACUCCGGAGCCAUACAUCCCGAUGAAACGGUGUCAUUAAUUAAUGUCGUCCAUAUCAGAGAUUCUGUUUGCACCCUGCCCACCAGUGUUUUAGCUCAGUAUCUGAAACAGGCCAACGGACAGUUGUCUUGCCUAAAGCAACUGUACUUAGCUACAGGCAAUCCAGGCAAUUACGAAGAUAGUCAAAUACCAUUAGCGGUAGCAGAGCCUGUAGGGGGCGGGCAUCCAGAUGCUAUGGGACGAACGCUGCUUUGUCCCACGAGAGACGACACAGCCAUUUGGAAUACAAGUGGUGAACAAUUGUGCGUUGUUUGUCAGUAUUUCCCCCUUUCAAGGGCCCUAUUACCCUGCAGACAUACAUGCAUUUGUGCAAGCUGUUUCGACAGAUUAGAUCGUUGUCCAAUGUGCAGGGGGCCCAUAAAAAGUUACUUCUGCAUCCGGGGUGAAGAAUACAUGCCCAUAGAGGCGGAAAUAAAAAACGGUACCCAAGAUCCCGUCCAUGGACCUUUGUAUAAUUGGCUGGACAGUUGGAACGACCGUCUGAUAGACUUCCUUGGCUUUCAAAGGUAAUGUUCAACAUCUUGACGUGUUUUGAUUUUUUUUGUUUAUAAAUUUCCUCGUUCCUUUUA